GAAACCAAACAGUUCCAUCUCAGAGCAUCGGUGGCGGCGGCGGCACAAGCUUCCAGGCCGAAGCUUUGGGGUUUCCACGCGGCUGCGGGCAAGUUGCUUUGCACGAUCGUCUUUCUCAUUCAUUAGCAAGGACCUGGCUUGCUUGCUUGCUUGCUUUCUACGGAGCUGGCUGUAAGCCGGGAUUGGUCGGAUUGCCGAUCACGCUGGGCAAAACUUUUCCAACUUUUUUUUACUCCUUCGAAUGUUAUAUUAAAGAGAGAAACUUGUAAAAUCUCCACAAGAACUUGGUAACAAGCAAGGGGCGGGCAGGGGGAACUCACACAACUUCUCCUAUCCGAAAAAAAUUACAAGAAACAACCACCACCUUCUACAAACUCCAAAGGACCCGCGCAGCAAGUCUGCCCAAACAACAAAAGCCUGCUAAACACCCCCCCCCCCAAACUCUCCUCCUCCUUCCUGCAGCAAAGAUCCCAAGAAGCCAGCGCCGUUCCAUCCCUCGCCUGGAUUUUCCUUGUUCUUUACUUGCCCUCGCAUCCUACAUCUAACAUCGGCGAGCUAGAAAAGGAGAUUGCUUGGAAGGGCAAGUCCCCCCACCACCACCCAAAAUGCAGAAUUACAAGUACGACAAGGCGAUCGCUCCGGAAAGCAAGAACGGGGGCAGCCCUGCCUUGAACAACAACCCGAGCAAAAGUCCCAGCAAGAAAGCUUUACUGAUUUGCCUCGACCUCUUCUGCCUCUUCAUGGCUGGCCUUCCAUUUCUGAUCAUUGAAACAAGCACAAUCGCACCCUAUAAACGGGGAUUUUACUGUAAUGAUGAAAGCAUCCGGUAUCCUCUGAAAAGUGGAGAGACCAUCAACGAUGCUGUUCUUUGUGCUGCAGGAAUUCUUAUUGCUAUCCUUGCUAUUAUAAUAGGAGAGUUCUAUCGGAUCCAUUACUUGAAGGAGACAUCCCGGUCCUUCAUCCAGAACCCGUACGUGGCAGCUUUGUACAAGCAAGUGGGCUGUUUUGCCUUUGGUUGUGCCAUCAGCCAGUCCUUCACAGAUAUCGCCAAAGUGUCAAUUGGACGCCUGAGGCCAAAUUUCAUUGCAGUUUGCAUGCCGGAUGUUACAACGAUUAACUGCUCCCACGGUUAUAUCGAAGAGUAUCAGUGCCUUAAUCCUGAUCAAAAUAAAGUCCAGGAAGCCAGGAAAUCAUUCUUCUCUGGCCAUGCAUCCUUUUCUCUAUAUACCAUGCUUUACUUGGUGCUGUACCUGCAAGCCAGGUUCACUUGGAGAGGAGCCCGCCUGCUGCGCCCCCUGCUACAGUUUACGCUGAUUAUGAUGGCGUUUUACACAGGACUUUCUCGUGUGUCUGAUCACAAGCAUCAUCCAACAGAUGUCCUGGCAGGCUUCACACAAGGGGCCCUGGUGGCUUAUUGCAUAGUGUUUUAUGUCUCAGACCUCUUCAAGCAGAAAACAAAGAUUUCGCAGCCUCCUCCUCCAAUCCGGAGGGAGAUACUUUCACCUGUGGACAUCAUUGACCGGAACAACCAUCACAACAUGGUGUAGACAUUUGACAAAUAUAAUUUUAUUUUUUAUUUUUGCAAAACGACUGCUGACAGCAACUACCUGCUGCUCUCAAUCUCAUCAGACAGUAGAAUGUAGGGAGAAACUCUUGCCUGACCAAUAAGAUCUUGCUCUGUGGCCUUUUUACACAACAUUUGCAUAAAAUGGAUGUUGUUCAACUAAGUCAAAGGCAACAAUUAUGAAAUGAAUCCAGACAUGAUGCAGGAAUUCUAAAUGUGCAAUUGGCUGAGUGUUCAUGUUGUAGUGAACGCUGAAUUGUUCAUAGCUUAAUGAACACUAAAUGAUUACUAGGAAACUGGCCAUCUCUGCUUCUUCUGCUUCUUUUGUUUUAAACUAUGAAAAUUUCCAAUUCCUGUUAAGAGAAAUGGGGAGAAAAACUCUCAUCACCUAUAUUAUAGCACUAUCUACCAGAAAUAAGCACUGAUUCGUGAAUUGUGAUUACUUUCUAAGGGUAACCUUUUUUAUUGGUUUUUCUUCACUCCAUACUGUGACUUAACUUUUGGUUUAGGAGAAGCAUACCAGGUAAACUGCCAGAAAGGUGUCUUUUCCCACUGCACAAUCUGAUGCCUGAGAAGCAUAAAUGAGUCCACUUGUUGAAUGGAAUCCAACCUAAUUAAGAUUAAGAUAAUCUUAAUUAUCCCUUAUAAUUAAUAUAUCCUUAAUCAUAAGAGUCAUUCUGUAUUUUUUCAUUAAUCUGUGAUUAGCAGCACGGCAUCCUUCUUGUUCCUCUUAUCUCUCAAGCUUUGGAGAACAGUGGAAUUGCCAAAUAAGGGAUACUCAAGUUGCAUGGAACCCCCAUACCUCUGGUAUAUAAUCUUAACAAUACUGCAUGAAAUAUUCACAUUUCCCUCUGUGGCCCACAAAAAUCUUUCCCCUGGUUCCCACUGACACAAACAAAGACCAAAAGUAUCUUCUGAAUGGUAGCCCAUUUUGGACUCACAAAAUAUGAUUUUGUUUGUGGUCAGACUUAUUGAUGUAUAUUAGCGCUAUGGGCUCUGGGGUCGAGACUCAGAACAUUAAGCUUCCGGGUAUAGGGUGGACUGCUGGACGGGACCCUCCUCACCUGAUAGUCAAUCAAAUCCCUUGUAAGAUUCUGUGGCCUAAAGGAAAGGGAUCCUUGUAAGCUCUUCAUGAGAGUCCAUCCUUCCCCAAACUGGAAUCCUCUAGGAAUAUUCAAAAAGAAGUCCCAUCAUUCCCACUUCCCUAGCCCUUGAUUGUGCUGGCUGGGUAUGGUGGGAGUUAGGGGGCAACAGGUUGGAGAAGGCUGCAUUAGACAACAGGCUGAAUGCUGCUUUCAGCAACACAGAGUGCACGCAAAAAGAAACCAAGAGCAGAACGCUUUCUGCACUUUCAGGUGGAAUUCUGAAAGGCGGAUCUUUUUAGAAACCUUUAAGAACUAAACUGGUAACGCUAACCAAGCAGACUGGCCUUUGCACAUCUUGUCAUGCCAAUCCGUCCUAUCAUUUCAAUUCUAGCAAGCUAUGACUUUUAUAAAUAUAUAUAUAAAUAUAUAAAUAUUAUAUAAAUAAUGUAUAAAACAUUAAAAUUAACUAUGUAAAAUAUUAUUUCUGAAGCGAUUUUAAAUAUAUCCACUAUGAUUAUAAACUGUGUUUUUACCUGUGUUAUUUACAUGUUGCUGCUUAAAAAAAAGCAUUGACUUAAUUUUUUAUAGUCGACUAAAAUAUUGUAGUUCUGUGGUAGCAAUAUUUGAAUGAAAAUAACAACUAAAGACAAUUGUAUAAAAUCAUAUUAAAUUGUCUGUAUUUUUGUAAUGUUUCUGUGUAAAAAGAGGAAUAUGCAAGACUUUUUGUAGAAUACAGAAUUAAAGUUUGUAUUUGCAAAAAUAUUGCUGUAUAAAUGUGCUUCAUCAAUAAAUGUAGGAGGAAAAAUUA